GCUCGAGCCGCUGCAGAAGCAGCGUCCACAACUCCGCUGAGCUCCAGCCGACCUGUCGUCCUCAGAGCAAACCGAUUACAGACUAUUAACGACCAACAGAAACAGCAGCUAUGAAGGAGCAGACGCGUUUCCUCCUCUGCCUGCAACUUUUCACAGCUUGCCUGGUGUUUGGGGUUAACGGUGAUUACUGUACGGUGAAUGUGUGCAGCAAUGGUGGAACCUGCGUGACUGGGGCAGGGGCUCCAUUCAUUUGCAUCUGUCCUGAUGGCUUCUCUGGAGAAACCUGCAAUGAGACUGAGACUGGACCCUGCAACCCCAACCCAUGUAAGAAUGAUGCCAUCUGUGAAGUAACGGGCCAGUCCCGCAGAGGUGAUGUCUUCAGUGAAUAUGUCUGCAAAUGCCAGCCGGGCUUUGAUGGAGUUCACUGCCAGAACAGUGUCCAAGGCGCAGAUUUAAGUUCAAACAAAGAUGUAAACGACUGUGCUGGCCAGCCAUGUGAGAAUGGUGGCACCUGCAGAGACCUGGAUGGAGAUUUUAAAUGCCACUGCCCUUCCCCGUAUGUAGGGAAGCAUUGUCAGCUGCGCUGUAUUUCUCUGCUCGGCAUGGAGGGAGGAGGCAUCGCUGAGUCCCAAAUCUCAGCCUCAUCCGUCCGCUACAGCCUGCUGGGCCUGCAGCGCUGGGGACCUGAGCUCGCCCGCCUCCACAACAAAGGACUGGUUAAUGCCUGGAGUGCAGCUGCACAUGACAAGAACCCAUGGAUCGAAAUCAACAUGCAAAGAAAGAUGCGCUUUUCAGGUAUUGUGACGCAAGGGGCCAGUCGUAUGGGCACAGCUGAGUUCAUUAAGGCCUUCAAGGUGGCCUCCAGCCUUGACGGCAAGACAUAUACCAUGUACAGAACAGAUGGACAGAGGAAGGACCAUGUGUUUGUGGGGAACGUGGACAAUGACGGCACCAAGACCAACCUGUUUGACCCCCCGAUCAUUGCCCAGUACAUCCGCAUUGUUCCUGUUGUGUGUCGCAAGGCUUGCACAAUGCGAAUGGAGCUAGUGGGCUGCGAACUCAACGUGUAUUCAAACACCUCAGGUUGUUCAGAGCCGAUGGGCAUGAAGUCCCGACUGGUGUCUGACCGCCAGAUCACGGCCUCCAGCACCUUCCGCACCUGGAGCAUUGAGGCUUUCACUUGGCACCCUCACUACGCCCGGCUGGACAAACAGGGCAAGACCAAUGCCUGGAUCGCUGCCACCAACAACCGAUCUGAGUGGCUGCAGGUGGACCUGGAGUCUCCCAAGAAAAUCACAGGAAUCAUCACACAGGGAGCCAAAGACUUUGGCUCCAUCCAGUUUGUUACAGCUUUUAAAGUGGCCUACAGUGAUGAUGGACGGUCCUGGACUAUAGUGAAGGAUGAGAAAACAAGAGCAGACAAGAUCUUCCCAGGAAACAGCGACAACAACGUUCACAAAAAGAACAUCUUUGAGCCACCCUUCUAUGGCCGAUACGUCCGCAUCCUUCCCUGGGAGUGGCACGAGCGCAUCACCCUGCGAAUGGAGCUUUUGGGCUGUGAUGAGUAGCGCUGCCCUAAACGCUGUCCCCCCACCUCCUCCUUUCUCUACCUCCUCCCCCCUUUGGCCCUCCUUUGCCCUCCCUCCCCUCCUGAGCCACCUGCACUGCCUUGCUCUCAGCCCUAGGGGGCAGCAAACACCAGAGUAGCACACAACCUCUCCCACCUCCAACCCUGGCUGGUAGGAGGUGGGAGAUGUUACCCUUAACCACUGUUACCAGGACCGUUAUUGAGCUAAGCUCACAUGUCCCCUCAUUUUAUUGUUUCCUGAUUUGAUCACUCAUCUCUUCCACCUGAACCAAAUCUGUGAUCUCUUCAAGAAGCAGGACUGGGAUCAAAUUUGAUCCCAUUUAUUGGCUAAAUUAAAGGUGGGGAUUCCCUCAUUCCUGUGUCAGAGGUCAGGGGUAACAAGACUGCUGCUGUAUCAGUUGGUGCUGCCUGGACUUCUACCUGGAACAUUGAACCUCCAAGACCCACGGCUGGUGAUGUAAAUAAGCUCCACUAAACAGCUUGCACACAUCCUUUAACCGACCACUUGAUGUCCCCUCAAGUCACACACAAUAUAUAUCUUAAGAGGAUACAUUGAGAUGCAUGAUCAAUUAUUUUUCUUCACCAAAAUGUGCAUCCAUUCAUAAAAAACAAAACAAAACAGAUGAAUAUAAUGGUAAGUAACGUGAACUUUGUAUUCUGAUUUGUUGUGCUAAAUUAGCAAGUUAUUUCUAAAGAACGCACUUAAACAUAUUUUUAUUUGUUGAGCCAAAAAUAAGUGACCGAACAUCUCAAAGGCUCCCACUUAGUGCUUCAGUAUUCGUUGUAUUUCUCUGCAGUUGUUUGGACAGUAAAAUCCUCAGUUUAUGUUUCUCAUGUACAUUUGUUUGGAUUGCUUUAAGAGGUUUAACAUCUGUGGUGUAAACAUAGUGUUCAUUCAAACAUACACAGAUAGCAGCUAAUAACAGAUGAGUGAAAAUCCUCCAUUUAUACAAGUAAUUUUUACUGAAGCGGUGUACAAAACUCUUUUCGUGAUUUGGCUGCUUCAAAUCAAAUUGUGAAGUCAAGUCAUCUUGUGUCCAACACACCCCCAGGUUUUCGUGUUUGUGGGUGUAUUUCAAAAAAUUUGCUAACUACUGCACUGACGCAGACACACACAGAACUAAAGAGGAAUCAGAUAUGUUAAGUCUGUCUUUGUGGGACAUAAUCAGUCAGUGAACCAUCACAGUCUGUCUGUUUAACAGUCAAACAGAUGUGGCCUCAAAGCCAGAGGAGACACCCUCAUUGACAGACAGGAUGUUGUAAACAAAGGACAAAAAGAGUUUAAGAUCAUUGUUGAUGGGAAAGAGAAGAGAGACUGUUCAUUGCUCUUGAGGAAAAAGCCAUUAAGAUUUACACAUGCGGCUGUCAUGAGCUGGUAUGGUGUGUUCUGCCAAGAAAAGUGCAUGUUACGCAACAACUCAUGUUUUCAAGUCUUGCGUUAUUCAUUUGGAAAAUGAACUCACCUUUGGCAGUAAGUGUUUUAGUCACUUUACCUUUUUUUAAUAUACGUGACAGUUAAUGCAGUUUUCAUAUGCCAUUGGCUGCUACAGCAGAUGAGUAUUAAAUUGCAUGAGGUGGUUCAUUUCAGAAAAAACAAUUGCUUUCAUAGUCAGUGUACAGUUAAUUAGUCCCAUCUUUAACAGGCUGUUUGAUGUGGAAAGAAUAUGGAAAGAAGCCUGAUUUUUCUCACCAUCUGUGAUUCUCAGAACCACUUCAGACCUGGACACUUCUUUGGACCACUUGAAAUCCAUUUUUCAUUGGCAACAGGAUUCUUGGAAUAGCAGACAGCUGUGGAUGUAUUAUACUUUACACCAGUGUUUUGCUAGAAUAACAGUAUUAAAGCAGUAAUUGUCCAAAAAUUGCAUGUAUUACUGAUUGCUUAGCUUCAUAAAUUGAGAAAUGAAUAACAAUGUGGUGGCUGCAAGUUUAAAAAGAAUGAUGGAUGUUAUCGUCUCAGGUCAAAGCAAAUCUGCUCCAAAUGUAUAGUUAGUGCUACUGAACGCUACUCCUUCACUCACUCUCUUGGCUGUGCUUCUAGUUGUGUUCACCCUGUUUCACUUUUUUAUGGCACUUUGAUGUUUGUGUUUUAAUAUUUGAAAUAUUAAAAAACCAAAAAGAAAAACAAACAAAAAAACAGUAUUGUGCAUUGAAGAACAAAGAGUAAACAUAUACGCUAUUAUAUGUAGACGUAAAAUAGAAGAGAAUAUAGACAUUUAAUUCAGUGUCUUUGUUGGAUUAAACUGAGUUCUAAAAGUCUGGGGGAAUCUCUUGCUUUGUCAAAGUGUUAAUAUGUCACAUGCAUAUAUACAGUACCUCUGUUCUGGGUCUAUCCGCAUUAAUAGAUGUUAAUGUUUGCAGCAGAUCAUUUAUUUUGGGUCCAGCAUUAUGCCACUAGUUCAAAGCUGUGGCGCCGCUGAUAAGACGGCAAAAGAGAAACCAAAUUAAAACUGAUUUUAACGGUUCCACUGGACAUGACACGACCUGCCAUAUCAUCUGCUUCUGCCACCCCGUCACAGUAUUCUAAACCUUUCCACCCCAUGAAUUAUGAAUUAUGGGCUUGUGCAAUAUUAUACUGUGUUAGUUUUGAUAACAAUGAAUAUUAAUUCAAGAUCCUUAAAAAUGCAUGAGGGGAUAGCAGUGCCACUGAGAGGUCGCAGAUAGAUGUUGGUGUCAAACACUGUACAAUAUUUAUGAUUGAUGCAGACAGUUCCAUAAGCAGUCACCCGUGUUAUCCAUGUCUGCAUGCAUUUUAUUGACUAGUGUUGGUCAGUUUAAGUUGAACCGAUUUGACUUAAUUGGUGACAUAGCUUCAUAGUUUCUCGGUGUUCAUCAGCUUUGAUGUUAUAGAUAUUUUCUUCCCUUGCUAUUUUCUAUGAUUUAUCUAGAAGAAAUUGAUGUGUUUUAUUGUAUUAUGAAUUCAUUUCUUGCUAUACUGACUGCUGACCUCACAGAAUUUGGACUGGAUUUUUAUUUUUUUUAAAUUCCAGUAUUGUGUUUCUAAGAGGACCUUAUCUUUGGCCUUUAUAUUUUAAAAUGAAGAAUAAAUAAAGAAUUUAAAAACACA